GGGCCAUCGUCAUGCUUGCGUUGUAUUGGAUAUUGCUAGUCUUGGCCAGUCAUCACGGCAGCAAUAGUGCGAGCAGACCUACGGACAUCGACUUCUCGCAUUACGCGGUCGUGCAAUAUGCAACCAACCAGCCGGCCCUAUGCAGCGCAGUCAUGCAGUUUGAGUCUCAUGAUCGUCUGGGCAGCCAAGCCGAUAGACACAAACUUGAGUAUCAUGUCAAGCUUCUACCCAUCGAAGUUCAGAUCCCAUCGAAUGGCCCGACAGAGAGCCUCACCAAGCUGUUGAUGUUUAACAUGACACAGUACGACCGCGUCUUAUUUUUGGACGCGGCUGGUGUCAUUCUCAAGAAUUUGGAUGAACUUUACUCGCUCCUCGGAAGCCCGAUCGCAAUGCCCCGCGCCUACUGGCUGGACUCUGAGUACCGCCAGUUCACCUCAUCUUUCAUGCUCGUGCAACCUUCAGAGAUCGAAUUCAAUCGCGUGUGGAAGGCAAUCCAGCAGGAUGGCAACGCCGAAUCCGACACAAAUAUCCUGAACAACCUCUACCGUGACUCCGCCAUCGUCAUCCCACACCGUCCGUACCACCUGCUGACGGGAGAGUUUCGAGCCAAAAACCACGCGAGCUACCUAGGCAGUCCCCACGCGACCUGGGAUCCCGAUGUGAUCCUGCAGGACGCGAAGUAUCUGCAUUUUUCUGACGGGCCCGUGUCGAAGAAACCCUGGAUCAAGACCCCGGCGGCGGUGAUGGAAAAGGAACAACCAGAUUGUGAUGUUAAUACUGUGACGGGUGCGCUGGACUGCCGGGCUCGUGACCUCUGGUUGGGAUUCUAUAAGGAUUUUGCGGAGAGACGAGAGAUGAUCUGCGGAGCGAAAUUCGUGCCCCAGCUUGACGGAGAGGCUGACAGAGUAUGGAAAGCAUCGCAGAAACAUAAUUUAUCUUCUUCCGUGACGCGGAAACUGAUAGACCAGGCUAUGAGGGUCCUCGUCACGCUAUGCUAUGAAUCCACAAUCGCAUCCGGCGUCGUGAGUAGUGAUUCAAAUUGAAGGAAAUGCUGGCCCUGGUCGAUACUCAGUUUCGCAUGCUUCAAAAUCAAGGAGACGAACAGGACUGCGUUGUUGGGAGCGUACCUCAACACGGGCCGGUUAAUAGCAUCCUCAAAGGUACAUUUGAUCCACCCCUGUCUAGCCGUUUUAUGAAACCUGAACCGAAUGGAUUUUUUGCCUACUAGCAUAGCCAGCCAGCCAGUGGUUGGGAGAAUUACACUGGAGAAUUGCAC